GAGGCUAUCGCGAGAGCCAGGCCGGCCAUCAUCUCCUGCCGGCACUGGGUACCCCGGCCGGCAGUCCAUCCGCGAGGUCGAGGUCGAGGACGCGAGAUGUCUCUGGGAGCGGCUCGCUGGGUGGUGGCGGCGGCGGCCGCGCGGAGCGGAGCGCUCGGGCCUGGGCCGGCCGCGCGGAAGGUCGGGAGCGGCCUGGGACAGGGCCGGGUCCCCUCCCGGCCGCUCAUUGCGACCCGCAGCGGAGCCAUCUUGCCCAAGCCGGCCAAAAUGUCCUUCGGCCUCCUGCGGGUCUUUUCCAUUGUGAUCCCCUUCCUGUACGUGGGGACGCUCAUCAGCAAGAACUUUGCCGCCCUGCUGGAGGAGCACGACAUCUUUGUGCCCGAGGAUGACGACGACGACGACUAGAGGGGCACACUGGCCACCCAGAGGGGACGUCGGCCUUCUGAUGCUCCAGCCUCCAGAGGGAGCCACAGUGCACUUUAGCAGCGGAGGGGCUGAGGACAAAGGCUGGCAUUCCCUGUAUGGCCCAGUGGGUGUGGUCAAGCUCCCUUGCCCCCUGUGAAGGCCCAGGCUGCAGCCCCAGAGCACUUGAACUAUGAAUAAAUGUCACUGUGUGACUGAGGCAGUGGCAGGACUGAC